CCUCACUCGAAUGAGUUGUAAUGGGCAAUGGCACGUCCCCCCUGGCAUUUUUGGUUCUGACCAUUUUGCUGAAGAUCACCUCCCAACAAACAGUGGACAUAUGCAGUGGUCCAACCCACCUUCGAGCUGCAGGUUGUGCUCCAGAAGAAGAGGUGAUCGAAUGCAACUCUGAAGGCAAGUACUGCUACAUCUAUGACGCGCUGCUCCCAUUUUGCCCGCAGCACGAAACUUUCUUUGACAGCCCCUUCGGGGCUAUUCGAGCAGAAGGCCCUCCCACUUGUACUACUACGACCACUGGAACUUUCACAGUGACCACAACUUACACGAGGACAGCAACCGUCUUUACAAGCACUCGAGGACAGGCAAUUGAGUGUAGAGACUUUUGCUACGAGAACACGCAUCCGUGGAUUGUCAAAUGUGGUUGGUCAGUGUGCGCUUCCUGUGGAGAGUGUGCCGCCAUACUGCUUCCCAGCACUUCACAAGCGACUUCGUCUGGUCAAGAGGGGAUGUUCACUACCAGGCCAGUUCGAAGAAACACUACACUGCCUCCCACAACGUCUGCAGCCUCUGGUGGUCAGUCAGGUGGUUCUGGAUCGGGAGGUGGGGGGGUGCCAGUAUACAAGUCGGACGGAUCCCUGGAAGAGGCCGCACAGAGCGACCAGACCACCGUCCAAGGAGAGGCCACCACUUCUCAAGAACUCCAGUCAAAGGCUUGUUUGAAGCUGUGCGCCGACGCACAGAACUACAUACCUUGGGAACAACUAUGCAGCUGGGCCACCUGCGUCCUCUGCCCCGAAUGUUCAGGCACCAGCGUGACUGUGACUUCGUCGACGAUGCCUCCAAUUGUGACUUUCACCUUCUCCACAACAGUGGUUUCAGUAACAAGUCAAUUCACCACAAGCAGUACUACCAAAUCUACCACUAUCACGCGUUCAACGACACUUACAACGACCAACACAGCGACGAUCACAUCGACCACGACUGACAGGGCAUGUGCACCUCCGACACCAGCGCUGGCCGACAUAAUGGCGACUGAGGAAUGCAAGGGUAACCUUAGUGCUGGAGACUUUUGCGUUGCUCAACUGGCUGAACAUCCUUGCCUGUAUUCUGGUGAUUUGAUUCUGCAGUGCCCAAAGAACAACAUUCUGCACCGUGAGUCAGAGCUGCUGAGUGGGGAUUACCAGUCGAAGUGCAGACUCUGCGGCUGGGGCAAGACAGACUGGGAAGAUACUGAUCCUGUUGGGGGGAAAAUGACAGUGAGUCUCGAAUUCGGCGCGAAUGCGUUACUUGGCAUGAUCAAUGAGAGUGUCAUCUUUGGGUAUGGAAUUUUCUUGGCGGACAACUGCAGCAGGCCGUUGAAGCGAGAUCUGAUCGGAUAUGUCCCCAAGAUGGAUCCCUAUCCACAUGAUGAAAGGUGCUGCACACCGAAUGCCUACAGUACAACUGUCUCGUUUGAUGUGCCUCCAGGCUACUACAGCGUUAUGCUGAUGAUACGACCCAACACAUCCUUGGGCUUCUUGCCCUUGGGUGAAGUCACAGCAGAAAUUUUAGAUGUGAAUCAGACGAAAGCAGGCAUCGCUGGUGCAACGAGGCAAGCAUCGCUCUUUCUGAGCCUUUUGAUCCUCAGUGCGUUACAGGCAGCGCUUCGUGGUGAAGUUGGAUAAGAAUACAUUUGGACCGGAAUGCUGUGGAAUUUCCGUUGGGCAACAGAAAUUCAGCUGUUCGCAAGACCUUUUUGGAAGCCUAUGCUGCGGCAAUAAUGGGCAAGAGGACGCUUGUUUCUGAGGCAUCCAUCGUAGAUGUUGCACAGAUGUCCUCCAAUUUUUUGUGUCUGUAACCCACAGGCUUGCAACCUGCAUCAAAGGUGCUGGUUUACCAAACUACAGAGUUUGUGCACGUUUUUGGCAUUUCCCGAAUGGGAUCAAUGCUGAUUCCAAGAAUGGGCAAGGACAGACCAGCAUUUGUUGCUUGCUGAUAGGACAAACUUCAAAGCCGAGCUCUUUGCAUAAA